AUGGCCUCUCGUGACGGGAUCAAUCCCUUGCGGCCUUACUAUAUCCCCCAGUCGGGGCUGUCGCCAACUCCAAAUCUGACUCAAGAGGUGUCGGCACCGUCGCCCUCGUCAGCUCAGGUGUUUGGGAGCUCCGCGCGCGACCUCAUCCCAGAUAUCGACUACUCAGAUUAUCUCGACUCCUCGCCCUCGGUCACAGAUUGGUGCCGAGAGGCUGUAAACAACUCUCUUAUCCGCUAUGCACAAGUUCUGAUCGCGCAACCUUUUGAUGUCGCCAAAACGAUCCUCCAGGUGUAUGUCGUAUCUGACACCGCAGAGGAGGACCGGAGGUCGACUCCGGGACCUGGGAGCAGCACAUAUGACUCGGAGUCAGAAUCUUCCGACGAUGAGAGCACCUAUUUCACCUCCGCCGCCCCUACUACACCAAAUCCAAGUACACCGCGAUCCCGAAAGGUCCGGCAUCGCAUCACAGACCGCAGUGGCUACAUUCGCCCAGAUGACGGAUCAGGAUCAUCCAAACAUGCCUUGGCUAUUAAAAACCCGACGUCGUUAACAGAUGUGCUUUCCCAACUCUGGACUACUAAUGGACCGAGCUCCCCUUGGAAGUCAUCCAACGCCACAUUCAUCUAUUCAUUGCUCCUCCCCACUUUGAAUACAUUCAUUCGCAGUCUCCUCUCUGCUAUUAUUGGCUUCCCAGAGGAAGAUAUUGCCUCGUCCAUGACUGCCGAUAUCUUGACGGCACCUUCGCCUCUCGCCACGCUAAUCCUGUCAUUCGUCUCCUCCUCGCUCUCCGCACUCAUUCUUUCUCCCAUCGAUACUGCUCGCACUCUUUUGAUGCUGACUCCCGCAACACACGGUCCACGCUCCCUUAUCCGGGCCAUCCGUCAACUCCCCACCCCCAACUCCACGAUUCCUCCUCAUCUCGUCCCGAUCACCAUUCUCCACUCCAGUCUUCCAAACUUCAUUACAACCGCGACCCCUCUCAUCCUCAAAUCAUACCUGUCAAUUGAUCCUCUCCUCAACCCAUCCACAUGGAGUCUUUUCACGUUCUUGGGCUCUGGUCUCGAGCUUGCGGUGAAAUUCCCGCUCGAGACUGUUCUCCGCCGCGCCCAGAUUGCCACAUACACUUCUCUCAGCCUACGUCAAAAGUCCUCGGGCGGUAGUAUAAAUGCGGCAUCUAUUGAUGCUGCUGAUGUCGAGACUAUUGUUCCCACCCCGCGCACUUACCGCGGUGUUAUUGGUACGAUGUGGCACAUCGUUCACGAAGAGGGUGUCAGUCCUUCUCCUACCGAUGCUGACCGUGUCCGCACUGUUCUCGGCAAAACUACGACCCAAAAUGACAACCAGAAGCGGCAACAAGGCCAGGGUAUCCAAGGCCUUUACCGUGGCUGGCGAAUAGGGAUGUGGGGUCUCGCCGGUAUGUGGGGCGCCAAUAUCCUCGGUGGACUGGCCGGUGGCUACGAGGACGAAGUUACCAUGCGCGGUGGUCAUGGACGCUCCAGCGGUGGCCGGUUUUAG